GGCUGAACUCUGACCACCAUGGCGUUGGCACGAGCCAACAGCCCCCAGGAGGCAUUGCUCUGGGCCUUGAAUGACCUUGAGGAGACUAGUUUCAAGACGCUGAAGUUCCACUUACGGGAUAUGACCCAAUUUCAUCUGGCCCGAGGGGAACUGGAGGGAUUGAGUCGUGUGGAAGUAGCAUCAAAACUGAUCUCAAUGUACGGAGCACAGGAAGCUGUGAGAGUGGUGAGCAGGAGCUUGCGGGCCAUGAACUUGAUGGAGCUUGUAGACUACCUCAGCCGGGUUUGUCUGAAUGAUUACAGAGAAAUCUACCGGGAGCAUGUGCGCUGCUUGGAGGAGAGGCAAGAUUGGGGUGUUAACAGCAGCCACAAUGAGCUGCUCCUGGUGGCCAUGUCCAGUCCAGCGAGUCCGGGAUCACCUUCCUGUCUGGACCUGGAACAGGAGUUGGGACAUGUCGGGGUGGAGUCUUUAUUCGCUCCAGAGGCGGAGUCCUACUCAACCCCGCCCAUAGUGGUGAUGCAAGGAUCUGCAGGCACGGGAAAGACAACCCUGGUCAAAAAACUGGUGCAGGACUGGGCCAAAGGGACCCUGUACCCUGGCCGGUUUGACUAUGUUUUCUAUGUGAGCUGCAGAGAAGUGGUCCUGCUGCCCAAGUGUGACCUGCCCAACCUCAUCUGCUGGUGUUGUGGAGAUGAUCAAGCCCCAGUCGCAGAGAUUUUGAGGCAGCCCGAGCGGCUCCUGUUCAUCCUGGAUGGCUUUGACGAGUUACAGAAGUCCAGUCGUGCCGAGCGCGUACUACACAUUCUAAUUAGGAGAAGGGAGGUGCCCUGCUCCCUUCUCAUCACCACUCGGCCUCCGGCUUUGCAGAGUCUGGAGCCCAUGCUGGGGGAAAGGCGACAUGUCCAUGUCUUAGGCUUCUCUGAGGAGGAGAGGAAGAAUUAUUUCAACUCCUAUUUUACCGAUAAGGAGCAAUCGAGAAAUGCCCUUGAGUUUGUGCAAAACAAUGAUGUUCUCUACAAAGCAUGCCAGGUUCCGGGCAUUUGCUGGGUGGUCUGUUCCUGGCUAAAGACAAAGAUGGUAAGAGGCCAGGCGCUCUCAGAGACACCUAACAAUAGUACAGACAUCUUCACUGCUUAUGUGUCUACCUUCCUGCCCACUGAUGGCAAUGGGGACAGCUCUGAGCUCACCCGGCACAGGGUCCUGAGGAGUCUGUGUUCCUUGGCAGCCGAGGGAAUCCAGCACCAGAGGCUGCUAUUCGAAGAAGAUGUCCUCAGAAAGCACAGCUUAGAUGGCCCCAGCCUCACUGCCUUCCUAAACAGCAUCGACUACCGGGAAGGGCUUGGCAUCAAGAAACUCUACAGCUUUCGCCACAUCAGCUUCCAGGAAUUUUUCUAUGCCAUGUCUUUCCUUGUGAAGGAGGACCAGAGUCAGCUGGGGGAGGCAACGCGCAGAGAAGUGGCGAAGCUGGUGGAGCAGGAGAAAGAUGAAGAGAUGACUCUCAGUUUGCAGUUCUUGUUUGACAUGUUGAAAACAGACAGCACCUUGGGCUUGGGGCUGAAGUUCUACUUCAAAAUUACUCCCUCACUAAGGCAGGAUCUGAAUUAUUUUAAAGAACAAAUAGAAACCAUAAAGCACAACAGGUCGUGGGAUUUGGAAUUCUCUCUCUAUGAUUCUAAAAUAAAGAAAAUCACACAAGGUAUCCAGAUAAAAGAUGUCAGGUUCAACAUACAACAUUCAGUCAAAAAGAAACCUGGUAAGGGGAAGCCAUUUUCAGUGAAAAGCAGCCUUGGUAAGGGGCAGGUACAAAGUCCUCUCUUAAAAACCAAUAACAGCACGAAGGAACCAAAGGGGGCCUCUAAUGGGGAAAGCAGAGGGGCAGAGGAACCUGCCCAGAAGAUUAGGAACAGUAGGCUGGCAAGUACAGAAAAUGGGCAUAUGGAGAUGAAGGGUCAGGAGGGUGGUGGGGUGGAGAGACAGGAGAAUGGAGAAGGACAGAGAGUUAAAAAGGAUGGAGAGAUGAGAGAUCAGAUGAAUGGGUACCAGAGAGAGUGAAGGACACAGAGACAAAUAGAAGAGAGAAUUACAUAAUCAAGGACCAGGAAACUUAGCAUGGUAUGUGCAAUGGCUCACUGGAAGCAACCAUUCCUCACUACAGACAUAUGAACUUUAAGUUAGCAUCUUUUCCACUAGGAGCUGUCAGUACCUCCUGGGUAUGAAGUCACUUUGAGUAGCCCCUUUUAUGCUUACAUCAAUGAUUAAGACUUUAAAUCUGACAUUGGAUUCUUUUUAAAAAAAAAAUAAAAUAAAAUGCUUACAUUGGUAAAGUGAGAAUCAUAUGCAUUCUGUAA